UUUACUUUAUACAAGGACGUGUCUAUGUCUUAUCUUAAAAUCUACCAUAGUCUAUACAGUGUCUAUACACUUGAUUCCAUCAUCUCGCUCAGCAAAAAAUAAAUAAAUCAAAAGCAAGUAGCACGCCAUAACAGAAUGGCAACGGAGGCGUUGCUCCAAGUAGGAAUCUUAAUCCUAACAUUAUCCCUCUUCUUAGUAAUGACCUAUCUCCGCAACCAAACACUUCACGCCAGAACCCGAGCCCGAAAUAGAGACCCUAAGCCAGAGGCCAACCGCCACCUGGCCCAAGCAUCCCGCCUUCUCGCUCUCGCUCGCCCCAGAGACGCCAGGGCUGCACUCACAGAAGCCGACCGGGCCCUCUCCCUCAACCCCAGGGAGCCCACGGCACACAUACUCCGGGCCCGGGCGCUCCGAAUCAUGGGCCACCACGCCGCCGCCCUCAGAUCCAUGGAUUCCGCACUUUGGCCUCCGGCGGUACGGCUGCUCUCCACGGAGGAUCGCGCGGACGCGCUAGUGGAGAGAGCAGAGCUGAAAUUGGCGGUGAACCGGAGGCGGCGAAUUGACUCGGCGGUGGAGGACCUGAUAGCGGCCGUGGAACUGAGUGAAGGAGAACGAGUUGACUCGGAGGCGCUGUGUUUGUUAGGGAAGUGUUAUGAAUCGAAGGGGAUGAAAGAGAAGGCCAAGGAAGCUUUCCGGAAGGUUCUAGAUGUUGAACCCGAUUCUAUUGAGGCUCGUAAUGGAUUGGACCGUUUAGGCCCAUGAACUAUUUUUUUGUUUUGGUUAUCCAUUUCAAGAUGUAGUUCUCUUCCACAAAUUCGAAUUAUAUGGAUUCUUUGGAUAGAUUAUUUGUGCAAUACCAAUAAGUAUUUAAGUUAAUUAUAAAAAUGGAAUGGAAGCACAUUCCACGAAGUCACACAAUGAUGUACUUUGUGAUUUUAUACUAAAAAAAUGUAUAUGAUUUAACUGGGUUGAUAUGAUUUG